AUGACUUUAGGUCCUCUAGGAUUUAUACUUGUACACAUUCAAUGGCUUUUACAAACAAAUGCUCUUACCGCACUUGUUUGUCGAAAAAUUAUAUUAACCUAUAUCAGUAACCAAAUUUUUGAUACAACACUCUACUUACAUGGUCAAAGUGAAUUUUUAGCAAGGGCGAAAUUUAUAACCGUCUCUGCAGAUUCUGAUAAUAGAAUUCAUUGGUCUAUGGCGGAAUUUUGGAGCUUUGUAGUCCCUCUAUGGAUUUUAAAUAUCAUGAGAAAAAUAUUGGUAGCGGUUAUAUUAGCAGGAAUAUCUCUUAUACCAUUAAUUGGACCGCCAAUUGUAAACCAAUUGAUCAGUUCAAGGAGAGCUUCUUCUUACAUGGGCAGAUAUUUCGUUCUCAGUGGUACAGAUCCAAUGGCGGCCAAAAAUUACGAAUAUGAACAUUUAGGAUUAUUUUACAGUUUUGGUAUGGCUGCAGGUAUUUUAGAAUUUUUACCUUUAUUUUCAAUCAUCACCAUGACUAGCAAUACAGUAGGUGCUGCUAGAUGGAGUAUAGAUAUUAUAAAGAAAAAACGUUCUUAA